GCUACAGUGUUUGUGCACGAUGAACCGAUAUACAACCAUGAGACAGCUGGGAGACGGCACCUAUGGGAGUGUGCUGAUGGGCAAGAGCAACGAGUCCGGGGAGCUGGUGGCCAUCAAAAGGAUGAAGAGAAAGUUCUAUUCUUGGGACGAAUGUAUGAACCUGAGAGAAGUGAAGUCUCUGAAGAAACUGAAUCAUGCCAAUGUGAUCAAACUGAAAGAAGUUAUCAGAGAAAAUGACCAUCUUUAUUUUAUAUUUGAAUAUAUGAAAGAAAACCUCUAUCAAUUGAUGAAAGACAGAAACAAAUUGUUCCCUGAAUCAGUCAUCAGGAAUAUCAUGUACCAGAUACUGCAGGGGCUGGCGUUCAUCCACAAGCACGGCUUUUUUCACAGGGACAUGAAACCUGAAAACUUACUCUGUAUGGGUCCGGAACUUGUGAAAAUUGCUGACUUUGGACUUGCUAGAGAGCUGAGGUCCCAGCCACCGUACACUGACUAUGUGUCCACCAGAUGGUACCGGGCUCCCGAGGUUCUGCUCCGGUCUUCGGCUUACAGCUCUCCCAUCGACGUGUGGGCGGUGGGCAGCAUCAUGGCCGAACUCUACACGCUGAGACCACUUUUCCCGGGGACCAGUGAGGUCGACGAAAUCUUUAAGAUUUGCCAAGUUUUAGGGACUCCCAAAAAAAGUGACUGGCCGGAAGGAUACCAGCUUGCGUCCUCUAUGAAUUUCCGUUUCCCCCAGUGUGUCCCCAUCAACUUGAAGACGCUUAUUCCCAAUGCCAGUGACGAAGCUAUUCAGCUCAUGACCGAAAUGUUGAACUGGGACCCAAAGAAGCGGCCAACAGCAAGCCAGGCAUUGAAACACCCCUAUUUCCAAGUUGGUCAGGUGUUAGGCCCUUCCACACACCACCUGGAAGCCAAGCAGCCCUUCAGUAAGCAGCUGCAGCCACUGGAACCGAAGUCGUCUGACACGGAACCCAAGGCUCUGCCAGAGCUCGCGGAUCAGACCCUGGGGCAGCCACAAGCCGGCCAGCAGCCGCAGAGCCUGGGCGCCCAGCCACCCCCGAGGCAGCCCGGCCAGCAGAAGCCCCCAGCAACGCUGUUCCCAAAUAUCGUGAAAAACGCACCCCCGAAGCCAAAUGGUGCCCUGGGUCACAAAAGUGCCAGGAGACGCUGGGGUCAGACUGUGCUCAAGUCGGGGGACAGCUGGGGAGAGCUCCAGGACCAUGACCUUGGAGCCUCGCAUUCCAAGAAGCCAAGCAUGGGUGUUGUCAAAGAAAAGCAGAAAAAGGAUUCUCCAAUUCGGCUCCUGGAGGCCUUGCCCUUGGGCCCCCACCACUCAGCACAGGAGAACAAGAGCUUGCCUGCCGCAGCGACCCUAAAAUCGGAUUCUGAGCUGUCCACUGCGUCCACAGCUAAACAGUACUAUUUGAAACAGUCAAGAUACCUGCCAGGUGUAAAUCCCAAGAACGUGUCCUUCGUCGCCAACGGGAAGGAUGUAAACUCGUACCCUUGGAGUCAUCAGUUGUUUCCGAAGUCUUUGGGACCUGUUGGUGCAGAAUUUGCUUUCAAAAGGAAUAACGCAGAAGAAAGCAUAAUUAAGCCAAUUGAAAAACUCUCAUGCAAUGAAAGCUUACCUGAAAAUGUAGAGGACCCACAAGGAAACCUCGGAAAUUAUGCUACUUACAACCAGUCAGGAUAUAUUUCUUCGUUUCUCAAAAAAGAAGUGGGGUCAGCUGGCCAGAGGAUCCACCUAGCGCCUCUCGGGGGGACGACCGCAGAAUACGCCUGGAACACAAAAGCUGGUCGGGGGCAAUUUUCAGGAACUACUUACAAACCUACAGCAAAAAAUUUAAAUAUUGUGAACCGCGUGCAGCCAGUCUCCUCGGUGCACGGGAGGACAGACUGGGUGGCCAAGUACGGGGGCCAUCGGUAGGAAGGCUGGCGUGACGCCCCCCCCCCCCGCAUGGCUCCAUCAAAUGGACAGGAGUCCCCACCCCCCGGAAAUGUCCACAGAUGUCUGUUUCUACUGAGUUCUGGAAGAAACUCGCCGUAGUGGCUACUUCAGAGAGCAAAAAUCAUCUCCUAUUUUCUUUCUUUCCGCUAGAAGAAAUGCAUUUUCUCAGCAUCAUUGCCCUCCCUGCUGAAAUGGGUAGGGCUUUACAAAGUAUUGAAUAAACUAUUUGCCAAA